AUGAUUUCGUUGAGUGACGAGGGUUUCUCCGUGACAUGCGACGUCUCCUCGUAUAAACCCGAUGAAUUGAAAUUGCGAUUGGACGGGGAUGUUUUGUCGAUUGAAGGAGAGCACAAAGAGGAGAAUGAACAGGGCUCCGUCCACCUCCGUUUGCAACGUUCCAUUCGGAUUCCCGUGGAUCAAAUCGAUCUCUCGAGUGAUGACGAGAACAAAAGGAAAGAAGGAUUUGGAUCAGAAAGUGCAACAAGCUAUCGUCAAUGGACG